UUGGGUUUGAGGUUAUGUAGUUUGUUUACCAUUCUUUCUUGUGAAUAGUAAUAAAUAUUUUAUAUUAUUUGUACCUACUUUCUGUGACUUCGAUCUACAUCAAAAUGCUGGAUAAAAUAUUAUACAAUACAAUUCUCGGCCAAACAUUUUCUCCUUGUGGGAAAUAUUUAGUCGCCGGCAAUAUCUAUGGACAACUGGCAGUUUUUGAUCUUGAUCGAAUAUUGAAUCCUGUAGUCGAAUUGCUUACGACGGAUUACAAUCAGCCCAAACACAUACAUAGUCUUGAUUCAGGCCAUCAGAUAUGCAGUUUAGCUACUACAGAAAAGUUUCUGAUCGUUGGAUCUGUUAAUUUGAUAUACGGAUGGGACUGGAAGGGUGUUUUGGGUGCAAAGCUGAGCAAACCAUCAUGGGUGAUCAAAAUACCAUCUCAGUCUGCGUUGGAACAGAUAGAUGUCAAUAGCCUCUGGGUGUCUGACGAUGAAGGGAAGCUGUAUGCAGGUUGUGGCGACAAUAAACUGUAUGUUUUUAAUCUGGAGAAUGGACAGCAAACCUCAGUUAUGACUGGACACACUGAUUACAUACACUCAGUUCAUGGAAAGAACAACCAGCUAGUCACUGCAGGCGAGGAUGGUGAUGUCCUCAUAUGGGAUGUAAGAACAGGCAAGUCCCAUAACAAGUUGAAUCCCCACAGCAACAGUAAAGUCAGCCGUCCAGACAUUGGCAAGUGGGUCGGUUCUGCAGCCCUAGGAGAUGACUGGAUUGUUUGUGGUGGAGGCCCUCGCCUGUCUCUAUGGCACCUACGCUCACUAGACGCCGUCACAGUAUUCGACCUACCUGACCAUGGCAUCCAUGUGUCCUACUUCCACGAUGAUUGUAUAGUAGCAGGAGGCACAGCCAAGCAUUUGUACCAGUUGAACUAUUCCGGAGAAAUCAAAGUUGAACUACCAGUGUCGGCUACUACAGUCUAUUCUGCAGUGUUGAGGACGAGCCCCAAUAAAGUACUGGCUAUCGCAGGCUCAAGCCCCGAAAUCGAUUUGUGCACAACAUUCAACUACAGAGAUCAAAUAUUACAUUUUCGGUAAGUUAAAAUAGUUGUUUUAGUAAAUAAACUUGUGUAUAAGUUUGUAAUAAAAGUCAGUUAAAACAA